UGUUCGGUGCAGGAUGUCUCUGAUCUCUCUGCUGCUUCCUCUGCUCUCCCUGCUCCCCGGGACCGGAGCGAACCGACAUGCGGUGCACUGGAACAGCUCCAACUACCAUUUGCGCCGGGACGGUUACACGGUGCAGGUGAACGUGAACGAUUACCUGGAUAUUUACUGUCCGCACUAUAACCAGAGCCUGGCGGAGCAUAAGAUGGAGCAGUACAUCCUGUACAUGGUGAGCUACGAGGGCUACCGCACCUGCAACAUCAGCCAGGGCUUCAAACGCUGGGAGUGCAACCGGCCCCACGCGCCACACAACCCCAUCAAGUUCUCCGAGAAGUUCCAGCGAUACAGCGCCUUUUCCCUGGGGUACGAGUUCCAUGCUGGCCACGAAUAUUACUACAUCUCCACGCCAACUCACAACCACCGACGGUCCUGUCUGAAGAUGAAGGUGUUUGUGUGCUGCGCCACCACGGCCCGUUCCGGGGAGAAGCACUCGCCCACGCUGCCGCAGUUUACGAUAGGACCAGAAGUAAAGAUCGAGGAUCUGGAUAACUUUAAUCCGGAGAUUCCCAAACUAGAGAAGAGCAUCAGCGGGACGAGCCCUCGACGGGAACAUUUACACCUCACGGUGGCCGUGUGUCUCCUGCUCAUGAUACUCCUGGCGUCCUAGUCCCACCAUCACU